UAUUUCGCGGGUCACAAUUGCUCUGCCGUAUCUGGCAAAGUAAGUUGUUUCAAUUCCUUCUUGACAACACGAACGGCACUGCCUCGCGUCAGGAAACACAAGGCGGCAUCCCCACCAACGAACACUUUGUCAAAGAUCGGACUCUCCAGGCAUCUUCAUGCCUGCAUCCUCAAAACCCGUUCAACAAUUGCUAACUUCUUUUUUCGGUUUGAUAGAUCGCUUCCUGUUUGGAGCUCUCCUUAAUUAUCUCGUUGCAUCUACAUUCUCCUUUUCCACGUCUUAAUUCCUCUUCAGUGCCUCUUCCUCCGGCGAUCGCGGAGCUACAACUACAAAUUCUUGCCCAGGUUGGUGUGCGGGGAGUGUUUUUGCUUCGACCAUGGCUGCUCUAGUGCAAGGCUAUCCUCAGCCGUCGGGGACCGUGACGAUGUUGCAGACGCGCCCUACAUCUGCAUCGGGCAUGCUUCAAACUGUCCAGACCCAGGCCAACCCUCAGUACGGGCAUCCCAACCCCCAACAGAGGAGCGCCGGGCAUGGCUUCUCAAACGGAGCGGCUGCUCCCAUGGUAUACCGGGGCAGCUCUACUCCCAUCCAACCAUAUGCCUUCACCAACACGCCCAGCCUCACGCCGGCCGCACAAUGGCAGCAAUUUAGACAGUAUCGGACAACGUCUUCGCCCGCCGCCCCUACCAUGCAAACUAUUGACUAUAACCAGAUUCCUGCGGGUCGUCCCCGUUACUCGGCUAGUGUCUCGAUGACAAAUCUACCUAGCACUGGUGCUACAACUAGUCUGCAAGGAGGUGCCCUCUCUCGAGAUGAUUCUGCUCUCCCAGUGCCCGGCACGAGGCGGGCUGCCACGGCGCCUCGGCCACAGGUGUCCUACGCCAAUGGGACGCCGUCACAGUCGUCGCUGGCGCCGGCGGCUCCUAUUAGGGUAUCGCCAGAAAGAUACAGGCGAGUUGCGAUGCGAAGCUCCGACUCGGGUGCCCCGAUGUCAGGACAGCAGUCACACGGGCCGGUGUCUGCCAAUUCUAUAACGGGCCAGGGGAUGGCACACACGUAUGGUUCCCGAACAGACCAGAAGAACAACCUGCUACGGAGCCCCCACGUAGCCCAACUGAAUAGACCAAACAGCGUCGUCGGAGCGCUGUCGGGUUCAGCAAUCGAUGACAUGCAGCUCCCGGCAGGUCAAUCGCAGGAGGAGAUGAAGAGGGUUCGGAGGCGGAGCAUGCCUGCAUUGGAUUCUGCCGGUUUUUCCCAACCCCUGACCCCACCCGAAGUUAAGCGGCCGGAAGAAUCGACCCGCCUAGAACCAUCAACAUUCCCCAAGAGCACUGAUGCGGAGUACAAACCUGCUGGGGCUUCGAAUAACCUGGCUGUUGUUGACAGAGGCACUAACCCCGCCCACGGCCGCGCUGGCAGCUCUGAUAGCCGUUCUUCUGCUCGAAGCGGCGGAAGCAGCCCACGAUCGUCUUUGUCCGCCAACCGCAGCGCCAAUGGGUCCAGCCCCACUGGCAACCCCGCCCAGCUUUCUUCUGAACAAGCGAGCAACAGCCAAGACUAUCCCCGGCUCGUAAACAUUCCACCGCGAAGUUCCUCUUCCGAUGCCGCCAACACGAAGCGGCCCAGCAAUCCCUCUCCCCUCUCGAAGCCCGUGGCGAUGGAUACGGAGGCAGCAGGUGGCGAGGCGGCGAGUGCCACCACUGUCGUUGUCGCCGCCGUGGCAGCUCCUACAUUGCCAAUGAAGCCUGCGUCGCCGCGAAUCGAGAGCCCUGCAGUCCGGCAGUUGUCUGCCAUCAAUGAGCAAGGAAACAGGCCGAAGAGCAAAACGUCAAGACUUCGACGCGCCUUUUCGUUCAGCAGUGCUGCGGAGUUCCGGAAAGUCGCCCACGAAAACGAAGCGGCCGACGCCGCAAACUCUACAGCAGCACACGCCAAACUACACAAGGAGCGAGAUCCCGAAGACGCAUACAAUGCCGAGCAGGACCGUAUCGCUCAACGGCAGGAGGCUGCGGGUAUCGGGAACAAUAUCUACUCUGGUGGCAAGAUCUUCUCGGGCUCGACGGACAACAUCUCCAUCUCUUCUACCGCGUCAUCAGCUUCGAUUAUGAUUCGAAAGAUGGGCCGUGGCAUGAAGAAGGGUACCCGAUCUCUUGUUGGGCUAUUCAGGCCUAAGUCUGUUAUUGGAGUCCCGGCUGCGGAUUCGAAACUGCCCGAGGCUUCGGAGGCUACCGUGUCCAUGGUCACGGCUGAGGCUGAACGCGAGCUCGUAAACAUCAGUGGUGAUGUCCACUCGCACGCUGCGGGUGGCACUGGCUUCCCUCAUCUGGAGAGAAACUCGGUCGAAGCCGUCGGGGAACUGAGCGCCGCGCCAGAGCGCUUAGGCAGUUCGGGAGCCGACGAGGAGUCAUCCACUCGGAAGAGUAUUGUUGGAAGCGAGAAGGAAAGAGCUGAAGUCCUUGCCGCUGUUCGCAAGGGAAUCUUGAAGAACACCAGCGCUUCCGCCACUCCCUCCCCUCGACCACCUGCGGAGGCUAAGACCCCAGCUCUCGACAUGCCGACUGCUCCCACACUCACCGAAUCGCCUAACUCGAGUGCCCCCAGCACCCCGAACGAGGAGUUGCAAGGACACCGGCGAUCCGGGCCUAUCUCGAUUGGCAACGAGGAUUACUUUGUGUCUGCCCUCCGGCUGCGCCAGGACACUAAGAGUGCUCCGGGCACUCCGCAGGGAACAUUAAAGCGCAACGCGACCUUUAGCCCCCGUCUCGCCUUUUAUGAGACGUGGCCGAGUCAGGAGUAUGAUCGUAGAGGUGAAAUUGCGACAUGCAACCGCCUCACACCCAUGCUGGCCCAGCAAAUCAAGGAGGAAUUGAAUACCUUCAAGAUGGUAAGACGCCCGCACCUCUAGCGGGAAUUUGAUUCUGGCCAAGACCCUGACAUUUGUUGCCUGAUAGGAAAUGGAGGUUCACGAGAACUCGAAGAUUUAUACGCACUUCUUCUGAUGACGACUAAAGACAAGGUGCAACCUACAUCUCGGCCGGUUUCGUUUCAUACAGAGUCCCGUUGGCCCAGAUAUGUAUUUAACCAGGAUUCACAUUUCAGUGGCGUUUAGGGGACAGCAUAGUGCGG